AUGUAUUUUCAUGUGAAAAGAUUCCAUUUUCAUGAGCAAAAAAUCUACCAGUUGUUGGUGAUUUCUAAAUGCAUUGACACUAACCCAAAGAACAAAAAGACGACACUGGCGAUCCAAAUAAUUCAUACAGAAAAAUGCAUUCUAAAAUUAGGAUCCUCUCCCAAAAACAUUGAAAAUUCAUCUUCUUGCAUAUCAAUUUCCAAAACAGGCGAGGCAUUCUUGGACGCAGUCAGUUCGCGCCCGAGCUCUACUGAGGUACCUGCCAUCCCGUCGCCGUCGGGCUCAGCAGCGGCAUCGAUGAUUAUUGACUCCGUUUCGCGCAGAGAACGGUCGUCAAAAUCUGAAAAUGUCGGACCGCGCGGGUGCCGAUCAACGCUGCCUUGUCAUCGUGCUUAG